AAGACUGAAAAUUCAUGGAAAAAUUCGAUGAGUUGUCGUAAUUCGUAUGUCUGGCACAGUUUUUAUCAAUAAUCGUUGAUGCUGAUAAAAAAUUAUUCAAUAAUUUUGGGUUCUUUUUUUCUUCGCGUUUUCAUGAAUAAUAAAAAUUCGAAGGGUUUCUAAUGCAAAUAUUAAUCAUAGUUUUGACUAAUCAACAGUCAGUUGGAAUCUCCCGUGAAUGUAUUCAAAUAUGAGCGAAUUUUACAGUUUCAACUUCAAGUUUUUGAAACCAACAAGUCAUUACACUCGAUGAUAUUCAAAUGGCCAAAUGUCAGUUAUUUCACCUGGACAGAGGGCAGGUUACAAACUUGUUCCCCAAUUGAACAGUGAAGAAUCUGAACUUUCAGAAGAAGAACUUGAAAGUUUCUAUAAAGAUGGAUUUCAAAUUAUCACUCGGAAAAGUAUCCAAUCUGCCGAUUAUCAUGAACUCGAUGCUGAUUUGAAUUUUACGAACCCAUCCAAAUUUCGUAUCAUGAACUCGGAAAAUUUUGAUUUGAAGGCUAAAAAUAUUUUCCCAACCGUCAGAGAGAAUGUAUCGUGUGAACUAACCGCUAUGUCGAAGGAGAGAAAAAUUUCAUUGGUACUUUCUAUUCUUCUGUGCAUUUGUACAAUCGUUGUAUUCAUCAUUCUACCUUGCGAUUGGAGUAAUUGUUCAUGUUCCCAAAAUAAAGAAAAAAGUGUCAAAAUAUGGGCGUACGUUUUUCCUGAUAAAGAACUCAAAGGUGAUAUUAAUUUAGUUGGAGCGAUCUUUGGAAAACACCACAAUUUACUGUUUAUGGCUCGUGGCUCAAUUUUAAUGGAUUCACCGUUGAUUAGAAGCGACUUGGGUUCACCUGUGGGGGGAGAUCUAUUACUGCUGAACGGUCUAAGUGGAAAACAAAUUUGGCGCAAGCACUUCAACCGCAUUCCUACGGAACUUGACUGCUCAUUAAUACAACUGAAGAAUCGUACUGUCGAUGAAUGUGUCGUUCUUAGCGAGAAAAAUUUCGUAGCUCUGAUAUCUUCUGACGAAGGAAAAUCUCUUUGGUCUUUCCCUCGUGAAAACAUUAAAUAUAACAAAGACUAUCACCAGUUUCCCGUCGUGCUUCCUGAUUUGGAUGGAGAUGGAGUUCGUGAAUUGGCUUUUAUCAAAGAUAUCAAUAAACUUGUGUUACUUUCUGGAGCAUCCGGAACCGUACUGUUGAAUAAUAUUACAAAUAACGAAUGCACUGAAAUUUCACAUCUAAAAUAUAUCGAGGGACUUAAUCUCAGUUAUUUAUGUCAACUGAAAAACGAUUCUAGUCAAGAGAAAAAUGUUUCUCUAAAAUAUUACCUAAAUAUACCCCCGGAGACGAAAAAAAAUGCGCGCAUUCCUCAACACAUAUCCCGUAACUCUAAUGAAAGUAUUAUUAAUGGUUAUCGAAUGGUUGUACAGAAUGAAGGCUCAUUUUGUCCCAAUAAUUGCACUUCUAAAAUUGAUAUAAUCAAUAACGAUAAUAAGACUGUUUGGACGCACGAAUCUUUAGAUACGUACGUAAUGAAACCAAUUGCUUUUGCAUUUAACGAUUCUAGUACUUUUGGAUUUGUAUUCAAGAUUUGGGAGCACGAGUACGAGGGUGACGAAGUGAAAAAAUUGAAAAUUAAUAAGCAGAGUUACCAAUAUUCUGUUGGAUACAUAUACCAGCGUACUGUUAUUGUCGUAUUCAAUUCUCCUCUGGGCGAACCUCUGCAAACUAUUAACAUGAGUUUAAAUCCUAUUCUGCAGUUGCAAGUAUCGAAUGAGACUCUACAACCAAAUCCCAAAAAUCAAGACAAUUCUUUGUUGAUCCUUGAUGUAAACAAAAACUGUACAUAUCAAUUGGUCACGUACUAUUCAACGUUUGAAGAAAUGAAAAAAAAUUAUUUCAUGGAUACAACUGCUACCAGAAGUCAUUUUACAUUGAAGUCUUACAUUCAUAUGUACGAUUUGAAAAAAGAAAUCAACGAAAAACUAUCCGAUUCUUCAGCCUAAUUUUUUACUUUUAUAUCGCUUCGAGUAGAAUUUUCGGAAUUUAUGUAUCUAGUAUUCUUAUUUUUAAUAGUCGAUUUUUUAAUCCAGUCAAGUAUUCGUUACCAAAGUACUUAUUUGCUAUAAACGUGCUUCAAGCUUCCUAAAAUAAUUUUAGUUUUUUUAAUGUCGAUUUUUGUAGCUACUUGAAAACUUCAUCUAAGAACUUGAUUUAAAUCUUUUAAUAAAACAGCGUUGUUUUCAACAUUUAAAAAAAAAAUCUAAAAAAAUGAACAAUCGUGAAAUAUUUAAUUAUAAAAAAAUAAAUGAAUCUUUAAUGGUUU